AUGUACCUUCUGUUGCUCUGUGUUCUGCACUGGUCCUUGGAGUCAUUAGGAGGGACUCAGACAGACCCAGGAAACCUUGAAAUGGACUCAUUGGCCUUUGAGGAUGUGGCUGUGAACUUCACCCUGGAGGAGUGGGUUUUACUGGAUUCCUCACAGAGGAAACUCUACAGAGAUGUGAUGCGGGAAAACUUCCAGAACCUGGUCUCAGUAGAAAGAAAACAGGAAGAUCAUGACAUUGAAGAUCAGUACAAAAACCAGGAGAGAAAAUUAAGAAGUCCUAUGGUAGAGAGACUCUCUGAAAUCACAAUGGAGAGAAACCCUAUCAAUGUAAACAAUGUGGGAAAGCCUUUAAAAGUCCUGAAACUAUUCAAAUACAUGAAAGAAUUCACAGAGGAGAGAAACUCUGUGAAUGCUUAG